AUGACACUUGGGAUCUUCCCUCGUCUCCACUGUGCCAUUGGGCUGGGCAUUCCCGGAUUGCGUGGCGUGAGUAGUGCUCUUGGGAUGGUUUCCAGGCGAAGGGAGGGAGCAGAGCCGCUGAAGCAAGAGAUGGAGAGGAGAUUGAACGCUCUUGGGAUGCAGAUUGCAGCGGCAAGGAGUGAAACGCAGGAGGCUGAGAGGGAGAGAGCCGUGGAGUGGAAUGAGCUGCGAAGGCGAGUGGAGGAAAUAAGUGCGAGAGAGCGAGCAGUGUCUGCUGCGGUGGUCAGAGAGAGGGAGGAGGGGGUGAGGAUGAAGAGGGAGGUGGCUGAGUUGAGGGAGCGAUUGGCAGAAGCUAUGGGUGGUGGUGCAUUGGAGGGGAGAAGGAGAGGAGAAGUAGUCAGGGAGAGUGGGGGAAUGCGGAACGGUGCAAGUAGCAGAGAGGUGGGUGAGGUGCAGCAGGAGAAGGAUGAGAUUAGGGCAGGCCACACAACAGUUGCACCCAGGGGACAGGGGGAGAGGCAUGAGUUCAGGGUAGGGUUGAAUGCGGUGGAAGGGGCGGGGCAGGAGGAGGAGGAGAGGGAGAGGGAGAGGCACUGCUGGCGGCACUCUGUUGGAAGUGCUGCUGCGGCCAUGCGCCUCUGA